AUGGCUGACCAACAUGAGAUUCUACAGAAGAUUUUGUCAAAAUUCCCGUCUGGAGUUUCUUUGGCUUUUGCUUACGGUUCUGGAGUAUUCACUCAGAAAGGGAAUACCUCUCCAAGUAAUAUGUUAGACUUUGUAUUUGUUGUUGAAAAUGUGCGUAAAUGGCACGAAGACAACAUGUACAUGAGAUAUCAUCCACAUCACUAUUCAUUCGUUCGGUCGUUUGGUUCACGUGCCAUAGUUUCGUUACAAGAUAAGUUCGGCGCAGGUCUGUACUAUAAUACUCUGGUACCAAUGGAGGGAAGAAUGAUAAAGUAUGGAACAAUAAGCCGCGACAACUUUUUUCUGGACCUAAACGAGUGGCAGUGGUUGUAUUUGGCAGGACGCUUGCAUAAACCAGUUCGUUUUGUAUUUCGACCUCAUGACGAAGAUAUUUCAUCAGCUUUGAAAGCAAAUUUAAAUAGUGCUGUCACCGCAGCGCUCCUUUGUCUUCCAGAGCACUUUACAGAGGAAGAAUUAUUCCUAAGUAUUGCAGGUUUGUCUUUCAGUGGGGACUUCAGAAUGGUUGUUGGAGAAGACAGGAGUAAAAUACAGAACAUUGUUGGUUCAAAUUUUGAACAUUUUCAAGAACUUUAUCGACCAAUCUUAUCUAACUGUAGUCAACUUCAUUUCAAUUCUACAUCCUGCAAAUAUCACCAGAAUCAAGAUUGCGAUGUAGUACUUUCUCGACUUAUGUCUUUACCCAAAAAUUUACAGAAACACAUAGCGCAAGCUGUCGAAGGGAAAAGUUUCAAACAGUCAUCAAUUGAAAAUGUGUUAAUCAAGGUCUCACAAGACAGACUCAACUGCCCACGGACGGUCAAAAAAGGGUUGACUUCCAUUGUCAAAAGAUCAAGCGUUACACAAAGUCUAAAAGGAAUCCUAACUGCUGGGGGUCGGAAGACAUUGAUUUACAGCGCACAAAAGCUUACGAAGAUGCUUAAAGGAUUUUGGCUCAAAUGA